AUGCAUACCGACCCUGCCGUCUCCGAUGCCACCAUCCGGACCAAGGCAGGGGCCCUGCCCGUCAGCAGGACAUCGACCUACUUCUCCUCCUACGCCUUUGCGCUCCACUCGGUGCCCAUGGCGUACAUGCUCUCAGUGCCGCCGCACUUGUACCUCUUCUCCAAACUGAUGAAGGCGUCAGGCUACGCCUACUCCAACCUGGUGCCACGGGCCCAGCUCUCGACGCUGGCGCCGACGCUGCCCAAGGCCACGGCCGACGUGCUCUGGCGUGCCCGGGGAUGCCAUCUGAACGCGUUGGAGGGGUUUCCUCUGUUUGCGGCUGCGAUGAUCGCAGGCACGCACGCUAAACUUGACGCCUGCGAGCUCAACACCUGCGCGGCAGAGUAUCUCGUCGCCCGGACCCUCUACAGCAUCCUGUACAUGACCGUGCGCAGCGAGCGGGCCAGCUACCUGCGCUCCGCCGUCUGGACCUGGAGCGUCGGCAUCCCGGUCUACGUGCUCUGGAAGGCCGGGAAGAAGUUUGUCAACGGGUACGACGGGGCCGAUGGGAAGGUGGACGAGAAAGAGAGUUUGUAG